AUGACCACCCCCUCCUGCUGCUCCCCUUGCUGCCAGCCCACCUGCUGCAGAACCACCUGCUGUAGAACCACCUGCUGGAAGCCAACCUGUGUGACCAGCUGCUGCCAGCCCAGCUGCUGUGGGUCCAGCUGCUGCCAGCCUUGCUGUCAAACCUCCUGCUGUAGGACCAGCUUCCAACCAAGCUGUGUGACCAGCAGCUUCCUCACUCCCUGCUGCCAGCCCUGCUGCUGUGAGCCCAGCUGCUCCCAGCCCUGCUGCCAGCCCAGCUGCUGUGAGCCCAACUGCUGUGAGCCCAGCUGCUGUGAGCCCAGCUGCUGCCAGCCCUGCUGCUGUGAGCCCAGCUGCUGCCAGCCCUGCUGCCAGCCCAGCUGCUGUGAGCCCAACUGCUGUGAGCCCAGCUGCUGUGAGCCCAGCUGCUGCCAGCCCUGCUGUCCCUCAACCUGCUGUGAAACCACCUGCUGUAGGACCACCUGCUGUAAACCAACCUGUGCGAUCAGCUGCCGCUGCCAGCCUUGCUGUACCCCCAGUUGCUGCAGCACACCCUCCUGCCAGCCCAGCCGCUGCGAACCCAGCUGCUGCCAGCCCUGCUGCAUCCCCAGUUGCUGUAGCACACCCUGCCGCCAGCCCAGCUGCUGCAAGCCCUGCUGCCAACCAACAUGCUGCAGGACCAUCUGUUCUGAGCCAACUCGUGUGACCACCUGUUACACAACAUCCUGCUGCAAGCCCUGUUGCUGUGUGUCUAGCUGCUGCCAGCCAACCUGCUGUGAAACCACCUGCUGCAGGACCACCUGCUGUAAACCAGUAUGUGAGACCAGCUGCUGCUGCACACCCUGCUGCCAGCCCUGCUGCAGCCCAACCUGCUGUGUAACCACCUGCUACAAAACCACCUGCUACAAGCGAACCUGUGCUCCCACCUGCUGCCAGCCCUGCUACAUCCCCAGCUGCUGCAGCACAUCUUGCUGCCAGCCCUGCUACAUCCCCAGCUGCUGCAGCACAUCCUGCUGCCAGCCCUGCUACAUCCCCAGCUGCUGCAGCACAUCCUGCUGCCAGCCCUGCUACAUCCCCAGCUGCUGCAGCACAUCCUGCUGCCAGCCCUGCUACAUCCCCAGCUGCUGCAGCACAUCCUGCUGCCAGCCCUUCUUCCAACCAACUUGCUACAAAACCACCUGUGCAAGACCACCUGCUGUAAACCAACCUGUGGGACCAGUUGCUGCUGCACACCCCGCUGCCAGCCCAGCUGCUGCCGAUCAGCUCCUCAGCAGACAAACAUCUGCACAACCUUCACAAAUUUGCUUCUUUCGGUGA